AUGGCUAAGAAACUGAGUGAUGGACGUAAACCAGGGAGUGGUAGGAAGCCUGGGAAGGCGAAGACGCUAGCUGAGGGGCGGAAGCCUGGUAGUGGGCGGAAGAAGGGGUCGAAGAACGUUGCUGGAAGUGGAGCAGGAAUGGCGAAUUCAGUGACGAAAAAUGUUGGUAAUGGGACGAAGGGGAAGUCGAAGUCUAGGGUAAAGGGCGGUGGUCUUGAUGUUGCUGGGAGUCUGAUUGGGGGCGGGAAGCCUUCAUCGCAAUCGUCUUCGACCGGGUCGUCGCCGGCAAUGGCGAUGGCCACGUCGCUGUUGCUGCAGCAGGAUUCGCAAGAUUCGCAUGGGCAAGGUCACCACCAGCAUGGGUAUGCGGCCCCCCAGGGGCUCAUGGGCCAUAGCCAUGGGCAUGGGCAUGGUCAUGGGCACGGCCACGAUGCUGGGUCCAAUGGCGGUGGAAACGUGAACGGUAACGGCAACGGUGGUAAUGGCAAUGGUAAUGGCAAUGGUAAUGGCAAUGGCAGUGUCUCUAGACGAGACAGGGAGCUUAUCGAUGCUUUGAACAAGCUCAGUAAGUGCAAGUCGCCGCCACAGUCGCCCGAGCCAUUGCAGGCGUCCAAGCUUCCAAUGUUGACUUCGUUCUGGGGCGGUAUGGAAUCUGUGCCGCUGCGACAGGAUCAGGAACAGCAGCUCCAGCAUCAACUUCAGCUUCAAUUUCAACUCCAGCAUCAACAACAGCAGCAACAACAGCAACAGCAACAGCAGCAACAGCAACAGCAACAGCAACAGCAGCAACAAAAUCAUAGUCACAGUCAUAAUCAGCACCAUAGCCACAUUAACAGUCACAGCCAUAACCAGGGCCAACAACAAAAUCAACAGCCAUUUCCCCAAAACCAGCACUUGUCUCAACAAUCGAGCGUAGCGUGGCUGAAUACUCCUCCACCACAGGUCGGUAGCUCCAAUUCUCCAAUUCACCAGAGUAACUCAUCUGCACAUCCGUCAGAUUUAGGAACCUCUCACUAA